AUGGGCCAGAAACCCUCGCAUCACAGCAUGCCAGCUUCGCAGUGCUGCAAUCCUGUCAUUGUUCUCCCACCCAGCCGUCGCUCUCGCUCCCAUCCCGCCUUCACCUCUCCUAUUCACCUCACAGUCACUCAGUCCCACCCCGCGAUCUCCUCUUCCUUACUUCCCCGUCGUCGCCUCUCCCUCCUCCCCGUCGUCGCCUCUCCCUCCUCCCCGUCGUCGCCUCUCCCUCCUCCCCGUCGUCGCCUCUCCCUCCUCCCCGUCGUCGCCUCUCCCUCCUCCCCGUCGUCGCUUCUCCCUCCUCCCCGUCGUCGCCUCUCCCUCCUCCCCGUCGUCGCCUCUCCCUCCUCCCCGCCGUCGCCUUUCCCUCCUCCCCGCCGUCGCCUCUCCCUCCUCCCCGUCGUCGCCUUUCCCUCCUCCCCGCCGUCGCCUCUCCCUCCUCCCCGCCGUCGCCUUUCCCUCCUCCCCGCCGUCGCCUCUCCCUCCUCCCCGUCGUCGCCUUUCCCUCCUCCCCGCCGUCGCCUCUCCCUCCUCCCCGCCGUCGCCUUUCCCUCCUCCCCGCCGUCGCCUCUCCCUCCUCCCCGCCGUCGCCUCUCCCUCCUCCCCGCCGUCGCCUCUCCCUCCUCCCCGCCGUCGCCUCUCCCUCCUCCCCGCCGUCGCCUCUCCCUCCUCCCCGCCGUCGCCUCUCCCUCCUCCCCGCCGUCGCCUCUCCCUCCUCCCCGCCGUCGCCUCUCCCUCCUCCCCGCCGUCGCCUCUCCCUCCUCCCCGCCGUCGCCUCUCCCUCCUCCCCGCCGUCGCCUCUCCCUCCUCCCCGCCGUCGCCUCUCCCUCCUCCCCGCCGUCGCCUCUCCCUCCUCCCCGCCGUCGCCUCUCCUUCCUCCCCGCCGUCGCCUCUCCUUUCCUCCCCGCCGUCGCCUCUCCUUUCCUCUCCGCCGUCGCCUCUCCCUCCUCCCCGCCGUCGCCUCUCCCUCCCCCCCGCCGUCGCCUCUCCCUCCUCCGCGCCGUCGCCUCCUUCACUCCUCGUCGUCGCCUCUUUUCCCCUCCCCGCCGUCGCCUGUCCCUCCUCCCCGCCGUCGCCUCUUUUCCCCUCCCCGCCGUCGCCUCUCCCUCCUCCCCACCGUCGCCUCCGGCGGCAGAUUGGUCUCCUCUCGCAUUGCACUUUCAUUUGAAGAAGAGGAGAGACGGAGCGCGAGGGAGAGCAUGUACACGGGAGCGAACACGCAGGAAAGCGCGCGUGAGAGUGCGCGUGAGAGAGCGCACGAGAGAGCGCACGAGAGAGCGCACGAGAGAGCGCACGAGAGAGCACGUGAGGGAGCGCGUGCGAGUGAGAGUGCUCCUGAGAGUGCGCGUGAUAGAGCGCGUGAGAGAGCGCGUGCGCGUGAGAGAGCUCGUUAGAGUGCGCGUGAGAGAGCGCGUGAGAGUGCGGAUGAGAGUGCGCGUGAGGGAGCGCGUGAGAGUGCGAGUGAGAGUGCACGUGAGAGUGCACAUGAGAGUGUAA